AUGUCACAGGUGUGGAACGAUGAGUGGGAGCUGAGCAAAGAAAAUGUGCAGCCCCUCAGGCAGGGCCGCAUCAUGUCCACCUUGCAGGAGGCCCUGGCUCAGCAGGAGACUUCCAUCCACACUGCUGCUCAACUGAGAAAACAAGAAUUUGAAUCAGAAAUCCGGUUUUACUCUGGAGAUGAUCCCCUGGAUGUCUGGGACCGUGAGCCCUUGGAUCUGUACAGUUAUCUACAUAGUGAGGAAAUUGGCACAACAUUGGCACAACUCUAUAUCACGUGGGCAGAAGAACUCGAGGCUAGAGGAAGCUUUAAGAAAGCAGACUUAAUAUUCCAGGAAGGUCUUCAGCGUAAGGCUGAGCCUUUGGACAAGCUCCAGUCCCACCACAGGCAGUUUCAGGCCCGUGUUUCUCGGCAGACACUACUGGGACUUGAGGAAGCUGCUGAUGAAAAAGAUGUGGAUCUUCUGAGAACUGCAGAACCUCAGAGAAGCUGUCUGGCAGAUCUAAAAGGCAGGGGGAAGAAAAAUGUGGCAGCACCAAUUAGUCGUGUGGGAGAUGCACUUAAAGUCACAGGCCGAAACAGAAGCUUACAAAAUCCAGUUUCUCAGCAGCUUUCAAAUAAUUUACGUUUUGCUGUGUUUGAUGAAAAUUCAGCUUCAGCUUCUGGACCUGGUAUUCCUGCACUUACCCCUCAGUCAUGGACAGCACCUCCAGCUCCAAAGGCCAAAGAGAAUGAAUUAAGUGCAGGACCUUGGAACUCUGGCAGGCGUCCUCGCAGUAAUGCUAAUUCUGGCAUGGAAGUGCCCUGUACGUUGCCUAAUUUCACCCCAUACGUGGAAGAGUCAGCUCAGCAACAAGUGAUGACUCCUUGCAAAAUUGAACCCAGCAUAAACAGUGUUUUAAGCGCUCGCAAACCUGAGAAAGAAGAGGACCCUCUACAACGAGUGCAAAGCCAUCAGCAGGACGCUCAGGAAAAGCAAGAAUUGGUGAUGUAUUGCAAAGAUAAAGUUUAUGCCGGAGUGGAAGAAUUCUCUUUCGAAGAGAUUCGAGCUGAAAUCUACAGAAAACGAGCCCAAAAGAAAAUAGAAGAGGAGAUACAAGUCAUAGCACAGAGGAAGGAAGAGAUUCAAAGAAAAAUUGAGGCGCUGGAGAAGGUCCUGAAGGACAGGCAGAAAGAACCACACGAACAGCCAGAAGACACAAGAGAGUCCUCACCAGCUUUGGGGCUGCAAGAUGUUGCAUUCUCCAGUGCAACAGAACUUGGAGAGAAACAGCCUCACUUGCAAAGUGAACCACAGCCUUCAGAAGAUACUGAACUGCAGCAACCAGCUCGUUCCAAGAAUGUUGCCCUCCUUCCUCCUGUGGAACCUGCUACAUGUUUCUCCAUUUUUGAUGAGACAUCUGCUUCAGUAAACCAGAAUACAAGUUGUUCUACAGGUCAUGCACAGAAAAGUGCCUGGCGCCCCCUUGCUAUUCGUAAACCUUCAGAUUCUCUCACUGCAAAGGAAAAUGUGCCACCGGAAGCUUGUGAUGAGCUCAAUGGAAUUGAACCUCUGACUGAAGAUGCAAUUGUGACAGGCUCUUACAAGAACAAAACCUUUUGUGCCAACCCAGAAGACACCUGUGACUUUGUUAGGGCUGCCCACCUGGCAUCCACCCCCUUCCAUGGGGUGUUAGCUCAGAGAAUCGCAGCUCCUGCUUAUUCAGAGAGUGCCCUCAAGGAAGAUUGUCCAGAAUCCAAGAACACCCCUCUGAAUCAACAGAUCCCUGUUUGUGAGGGAACGUACAAUGAAGCCCUUUGUGCCAAGAAACUGAGCCCAAUUAUGGAAGCAAGUCAGGAAGAUACUCGCUCGUCAGGGUCUUCUGCCUCCCCAGGAUCUUCUCUUUCCUCUGUUGCACAAAUAUCUACUAUUAAAUAUCUGCAUAUUCCUGAGAAACUGGAGCUUGUUCAGAGCCUGCCUGCUGAAAUUGUUACCGAUUCUGGAGGUAUUGGUGAAAACAUCACUGGUGAUGACAUACCUCAAUUUCUGUGGAGUAAUGAACAGCGGAAAAAGCUCCUAGAUCCCAUGCCAGAAUCACUGACUGCUUCUCCAGACUUCCAUUUGGAGAAUGGAUCUCUGCCUGCAAUGGUGAUUGAGAAAGAAUUUGAGCUAGGAAAUGAGACUUAUUGUAUCAAACGGGAAUAUUGGGCCAAUGAAGAAUACAAGAUAUGUUUUGCUGUUCCAGCUAACUUUCCCCAGUUGGAUGCAAAGGGAUUUGUAAUAAAGGUGUAUUCUGAGCCUGUACCUUGGGAUUUUUAUAUCACACUUCAACUACAGGAGCGUUUGAAUACUGAUUUUGACCAAAGCUUCAGUGAGAAUUGCAGCUGUUUCCUCUACCAAGAUGGCUGUGCUGUUCUACACAGGGAUAUCAAUCGCUUUAUACUUGGGGACAUAAUUCGUGACUGUAAGACCAUCACAGAGGAGGUUAUUCUGUUGGUGGUUUAUAAUCUUCUGGGUGUUGUAGAGAAGCUCCACAAAGCAGAGAUCGUCCAUGGAGACCUGAGUCUAGAGGUAUUCUUUCUGGGAGACAGGAUCUGUGAUCCGUUUGCUAAUGAUGAGAUGGCUAGUGCUCUGAAGAUAGUGGAUUUCUCUCAUAGCCUCGAUUUGAAGCUGCAGUCUCAGAUAAAUUUGCUCAACAGCUUUCCAAUAGCUCAGACCCCUUAUGGACAGCAGCUCCUGGCAAAAAGCUCUUCUCCUUAUCAGGUAGACAUGGUUGCCAUUGCAGAUAUAGUCCAUUUGAUGCUGUUUGGGAAUCAUAUCCAAGUCUAUCAGGAAAAUUUCACCUGGAAAAUCAGCCAAAAUAUGUCCAAGACUGUUGGCAGUGAUUUCUGGAAUAAGCUUUUUGGGAGAAUCCUGAAUGCAGAUGGUAAGUCCACAGUGCCUCUGCUGCAAGAGCUAAGAGAGGAAAUAAGUGACAUGUUUGACAGCCGUUUCCAAGAACGUCUCUGUGAAUCUUUAGCAGCACUUGGAGAAACUUUCCUCUUGGAGAACAUCCUCUGA